UGUUAAUGCAAUCGAGUGAUAAUUCGCGAAAUGUUAUUAUAUUUUGACGGUGUAGUCAUUGUAGAAUCGCCCCGUUUGCCGACGCGAACAGCAUGGCAGCUCAUGCGGAAAUCAAAGCGGAAGAGUUCUUCCGCGCGGGCGAGAAGGCCCUAACCAAGUUCUCCCUCUUCAGUUCGUCGUCCAAGUACGAAGAUGCGUCGGACUACUUUGAAAAGGCUGCCAACCAGUACAAGAUUGCCAAGAAAUGGCAAGAAUCGGGCGAAGCGUUUGCCAAAUGUGCCGAUUGUCAAAUGCGCAUGAAAGAGAACUCCCGCGCGGCCCAGUACUAUCAGCAAGCGGCCGAAGCCAUCUCAAAGGCGAACCCCAUCGACGCGGUGACAUACUAUCGCACGGCGAUCUCGAUGCAAUGCGAUGCCGGGCGGUUCUCAAAUGCGGCCAAGCUGCAAAAGCAGAUCGCCGAAAUCUACGAACAAGCGGGCCAGAUGCAGGAAGCGCUCGAGAACUACAGCCAAGCGGCGGACUACUUUAUCGGUGAAAACCAGCCGUCGUCGGCGCAGCCCAUGUUGCUCAAGGUUGCGCAAUUCUCGGCGGAACUCGAACGCUACCCCGCGGCCAUUGAAAUCUACGAAAAGGUUGCCAAGACGUCGAUGGAGAGCAACCUGCUCAAGUACAACGCCAAGUCGCACCUGCUGAACGCCGGGAUCUGCGCCAUGUCGUCCAAGGACAUUGUCCUCGUCAAGCAAAAGAUCGACGAGUUCAACGACAUUGACUACACGUUUCCCGACUCGCGCGAGGGCAAAUUCCUCACGGCCAUGGCCAACGCGUACGAGUCUUUCGAUCCGGACGGGUUUGCCGACGCCGUGUACGAGUUUGACACGAUCACCAAGCUCGAUCCGUGGAAGGUGUCGCUGCUGCUCAAGGUCAAGCAGUCGAUUGAAGUGGACACCCACGAUGAUUUGACUUGAGGGAUAAAAUAUAUGUUGUUAAUCUCCA